UAGUGAGCUAACGAGUUAGCCUCUCCAGUUUACUUAUUCUAAACUUGAAAAAGUGUUUCAAACGGACUGGGGAAGAAUGACAAAGAAGCCAAAGUCGUACCACUUCCACACCGAGUGAGAGGAGAACCUGUUUAGCAGCAAAUCCCUGCAGCCGGUGCUGCCAUGGGCAUGUUGAGAAGCACGCUUGGAAGGCGUUUUGUCGGCGUGGUGUAAAGGCCAAUUAAAGCCACUAGCAACCACGCUGACUCUUCCCUCCGAGAAUGCACUAAUGAGGCUGCGGAGUUGAAAAGCCCACCGACGAAGGCCUCGUUAACCGCCUCAAACGCUUGCGUUUGCGGCCCUUUGUGCGUCACACAAAGACGACGCGUGCCCGCACCUUCGCCGACGCGUUAAAAGACUGGGUCGGGUAAUUGGCCCCUCCCACGGUCACUUUGGCGAGUGGGAUUCCACGCAGGUUGCUAGGAGGGGAAGAAAGGGAACAGGAAGUGGUGUCACUUGACUUGAGCUGAUAAAACGCAGCAACAUCACAUGACAGGAGACACAGCAGCAGCAGCAGCAGCAGGAAAGGUAGGAACCAAGUCUUAUUUGUCUUUCCCCGGACAUGUACGAAGUUGUAGAGAUCUUAAGAAUGAAUGGAUGAACAUAUGGUGGAUCUUAAGGGGCUUCUAAGUAGAGCUUCAAAAUGGGGGGGCGAAAAUAGGCUGUUCAUCCGCUGAUCAAACGUUUCAGAACACAGCCUUUAAACGGCAAAAUCUUGGCAGAAAUAUGGACUGAAUGUCCGUGUCCAUCAAGACGCGGGACCGUCCUCGGCCCAAAUGGAGGUUGUUCCUGGUGCUGAGUGCAGUCCAGUAACCGUCGGACGCCGUCUGCCAGAGAAGGCUUUUAGAAGGAAAAGGGUCUUCAAAGGCCUCGUCUUCUUCAACGCCACAAAAUUGCCCGUUCGUGUUGUGCAGGGGCGUCAAACGGCAGUGGAGAUGUCGCAAGGGGGCAUCCCUCGUGACUGAAGGCCCUCGUCUGCGUGGCGAUGACUGGCCGCUGCACUUCACCAAGGACGUCUUCCAGAGGAGUAAGCUCACCCUUUUAGUCUUGAAUGGCAUGAAAUACACCCGCAAUGUUGCCCAAAAAACCCAAAAAGCAUAUUUUUACAUUUGACACGCCUGUUCAAACAGAACUAAACUGUGGUUUAUCACACCUGAGUUCAACUUCUCUAGCCACCCCCAGGGGUGGCCUGAUGACUGCCACACCUGUUCUUAAUCAAGAAAUCACUUAAAUAGGACCUGCCUGACAAAGCGAAGACAGAAAUGCAGGAAGAAAUGAGAAAGAACGUGAUUGCGAUCCAUCAGUGUGGAAAAGGUUACAAAGCCAUUUGUAAAGCUUUGGGACUCCAGCCAACCACAGUGAGAGCCGUUAUCCACAAAUGGCGAAAACACGGAAGAGUGGUGAACAUAAAAUCAAAGACAGGAAAUGAGGAACACAACCAACCAUCGUUAUUCUUCAUGCAAGCCUCCCAAUGUCUCGCCUUCUUCUACUUUUCCUUUGCCAGCCAUGAGGCCGUCCAUCCCCGUGACGACGGAGCCCGGUCGGCAGCGAGGGGUCCCCUGGGGUCGUGACCUCUACACCUUUGUGACGUCAGCGGCGGGUCACAUGAUGAGGACCCUCCAGAAGCCUCGCAAGAACCGACCGUCCAAGCGGCGAGUCAACCACCGCCGCUUCCUGCACAACAUGAUACAGAGGAAGUUUGCAGACAUAGAAGCGGCCAAUCACCGACUGGCGUCGUCUCUUUACAUCAAGGAGGCGGACACCACCUUGUCGUCAUCACCCGCCUCACCUGAGAGGUCGCGUGACGCCCCGGGAGGGCCCCACGGACACUCGGCCCCCGUGGACGGCAACUCAAAGUGUGCAAGCGAUGCGCAGGAAGUCCAAAGCAGCGGCGUCUCUGCGGGGACAAUCACAGCUGCCGCCGACGCCGAGGACGCCACCAACCCGUCUCCCUCCUUCCCACCGGUGUCCUGCUGUGAUCUGCUCCCAGACUGCACGCACCAGCCCCACGCCAACAUGGAUGACAUCACCGCGAGCGAAUGGGAGGACUUGAUGGAGCUCUUCAGGGACGUGGACGCCCGCUUGGACCCCGCGGGUCUCUGUGGGGGAAGCGAGGAGGGGGACGCGCGAGGUUGGCACGGAAACGACAGACACGGCAUAAACCGGACAAUUGACGGCACACAAUUUGUCCCGCUUCCUUCCGACGUGGCGGAGGACGCUGCGGCGGACGGGGGACGCGCGCUGGCCAGCUGCCAACACAACCACCGCUUCAUGUCUGUCGGGGGCGUGGCCGAGUCCUUUCUGGCCCCGCCUCUCCACGGUGAGCUGCGUCAUGUUGCGACGCCGCCCCCCGAGGACCACCUGAUGUUCAACGACAUCAUGGAGGACAGGAAGUCACGUGACUUUCUCGAAUGAUGAUGCAUAUUUAACAUAAUAAAUGCUUUUUUCAUGCUUUCUUAUCAGCAAACACACAGGAGAUUACAAAUGAUCAUUGUUUUUGCGGAUUGCUUUGUGGGGGGAAGACGCUGCCAGGCGUUGCUAUGAAUGAUAGCAACAUAGAAUGAAGAAGGAUUCAUAGUCACAUGUUGACAAGAGAAAACAGGAGGAUCAAAUCCAGCAAUUACUCUGAAGGCCAUCAAUGUAAAUACAGCACAGUCCUCCAUUAGCAAACAUGCUAACAUGCAAAAUCUAUCAGAUUUGAAAGAUUUGUGUGCACAAAAAAAACAAACAUGUACGUUUGUUUUAAUAGAAGAUGUCGUUUGUACGCUGGAGUAUCAGGUCCACAUUGAAAACAAAAGAAGUGAGAUUUCAAGAAUAAAGCUGUACAUUUAUGACAAUUAAGUGGGACAUUAAGAGAAAAAAAGUUGUAAUAUUAUGAGAAUAAAAUCAGAAACUGAAGAGAAAAAAAGUCUUAAAUCUUUGAGAAGAAAGUUGUAAAUUUAAGAGAAAAAAGUCAUAAAAUUACGAGAAAAAAGUGUAAAAUUACAAGAAUUUAUUACUACAAUAAAGUCGUAAAUGUUUGAGAAUAAGAUACGAAUUGACAAGAAAAAAGUCGUAAUGUUACGAGAAUGAAGCUGUACAUUUAUGGGAAUUAAGUGGGGCGUUUCAGAGAAAAAAGUCGUAAAAUUCAAAGAAAAAAGGUUGAUUAAAAGUAAAUUUUACCAGAAAAAAGUCAUAUUACGAGAAUAAAGUUUAAAUCUAUGAAAAUUAAGCGAAAAUUAAAGAGGAAAAAGUCGUAAAAUUACGAGAAAAAAAGUUGUAGUAAUAUUUCGAGAAUAAAGUCAGAAAUUUAAGAGAAAAAAAGUUGUCAAUUUUUGAAAAUAGUUGUAAAUUUAAGAGAAAAAAGUCGUAAAAUUACAAGAAAAAAAGUCCUAUUACAAGAAUAAAGUGGUACAUUUUUGAGGACAAGAUGUAAAUUUACAAGAAAAAAGUCGUAAUGUUACGAGAAUAAAGCUGUACAUUUACGGGAAUAAAGUCAUAAAUGUAUGAGAUUUAAGUGGGAAAUUGAAAAAAAAAUCGUAAAAUUCAGAGAAAAUUUUUUUGUAAU